AUGUCUCCCCCGCAUUGCCAGGUACCGGCGUCGGCCGACGAUGAAAUUCAACCGCUUCUUUCACGGCCUAGUCAUUCAUCCCACGACGUCGAUACCGCAAUGGCAUUCAAAGAUGCUGAGACCAUCGUCUCAGGCUCGGGCUCGAAGCCAGGCGCCGCUGAUGCCGAACUGGCUGAGGCCAUUCGUUUGGAGCAUAACCUAAUUUUCUCCGAAGCUGUCAAGCUCUAUCCGGCUGCCAUUGGAUGGUCAGCCUUCGUGUCUCUUGGUGUCAUCAUGCUCGCUUUCGACCCUCAGCUACUAGGAAAUCUCUACGCCACGCCUCAGUUUCAAAGGGACUUUGGCUAUGAGUAUGAAGGUUCUUACGCCGGCAGAUGGUUUCGGGCAGAUGUAGCCUCCACGUUGCUAACAUACAUUCUAGGUGCCGCAUGGCAAACUGGGCUUUCCAUGGGCAACCCCGUUGGUCAAGUUGUCGGUGCUCUCUUCGCGGCGUAUCCCAUGGACUGGUUUGGUCGAAAGCUGACCUUUGCUGCCUGUGUCGUUUUGACCGCGGCAAUUGUCUUCAUUCAAUUCUUUGCCCGCUCACUUCCCGUUCUGCUGGUGGGGGAGCUUCUUGGUGGUUUGGUCCUGGGCAUGUAUGUUGUCAUUGCCCCGGCCUAUGCCUCAGAAGUUUGUCCCACCGCGCUACGUGGUCAUCUGACAUCUUACGUCAAUCUUUGUUUCGUUGCCGGUCAACUUCUGGCAAACGGAGUAACAGCUGGCACCUCCAAGCUUGAGACUCAUUGGGCAUAUUCUCUGCCUUUUGCGCUCCAGUGGUUCUGGAUCCUAGUCAUCCUCCCUGGCCUACUCUUUGUACCUGAAAGCCCGUGGUGGCUGGUACGAAAAGAGAGACUGGACGAGGCAGAGAGAAGUCUCAGACGCUUGGCAUCCAACAAAGUCAACGUCGCCGCAACAUUGGCUUUCAUUGUAGAGACCGACAGACUCGAGCAGGAGCUUGAGGCCGGAAGCACAUAUUGGGACUGUCUCAAGGGAGUGAAUUUAAGACGAACAGAAAUCUCUGUUGGCGCCUACUGCACCCAGGUCCUCAGUGGCAUCUAUCUCAUUAACUAUGGCACAUACUUCUUUCAGCAGGCUGGAUUGCCCACUGACAAAGCAUUUGAUAUGGCUAUUGGGUUCCUUGCUGUUGGAUUUGUCGGCACAGUAAUCUCAUGGUACUUCCUCAUCCACUAUGGUCGCAGGACUAUUUACAUCACGGGAUUGGCUGCCUUGGUUGUUCUGCAACUCAUAAUUGGCAUUCUCGACUGCGUUCCAGGCCGACCCUCCGGUGUGAUGUGGGCAGAGUCAUCCCUCAUGUUGAUAUGGAAUUUUGCAUAUGAUCUCUCUGUCGGACCGGUCUGUUUUGUGCUCAUAUCCGAGGCCUCCGCAACAAGAGUGCGAUCCAAGACUAUUGCUCUUGCAACCGCAGCUCAGGGUGUUCUGGGCAUCAUUAUGACGGUGGCAAUUCCGUACAUGAUCAACCCCGACGAGUUAAACAUGCAGGGGAAGCUCGGGUUCUUUUUUGGGGGUCUGGCGGCUUUGUGCUUUUGCUGGGCAUGGUUCCGAAUUCCUGAGACCAUGGGCCGUACGUACGAAGAGCUGGACAUUCUUUUCGACAAGCGCGUGCCGGCCCGGGACUUCAAGGGCUAUGUAGUAGAGGGUAUGGCAUCCCCUAGCGCUUAA